AUGUCGGACGAUGACGAUAUGUGUGACAAUGAUGAUUUCGAUCUCGAUUACGAAAAUACCGAUGAAGAGCCCGAUGCUGAUCUGGAAAAUCAAUAUUACAACUCGAAGGCCUUAAAAGAGGACGACCCACUUGCUGCUAUUGAAAGUUUCAAAAAAGUGCUAGAAUUAGAAGAGAAAAGUGGAGAAAAGGGCGACUGGGGAUUUAAAGCACUGAAACAAAUGAUGAAGAUUUAUUUCAAAAUGGAAAAUCAUGAAGAAAUGCUGAAGUGCUACAACAAAUUGUUGAAAUAUAUCAAAUCUGCUGUUACACGGAACGUUAGUGAAAAGUCAAUCAAUUCGAUUCUCGAUUACAUUUCAACAUCGAAAAAAAUGAAUUUACUACAAAAUUUCUAUGAAACAACUCUGGAUGCCUUGAAGGAAACGAAAAACGAACGACUUUGGUUCAAAACCAACCUGAAAUUAGGUAAAUUAUAUGAAGAACAACAAGAUCAUGCUAAGUUACAAAAGAUUCUCAAAGAAUUACAUAAGUCAUGUCAAACAUCUGAAGGUAUUGAUGAUCAACGUAAGGGCACCCAAUUACUUGAAGUAUAUGCAUUAGAAAUUCAAAUGCACACUUCGCAAAAAAAUACCAAAAAAUUAAAACAACUGUAUGAAUUAUCAUUGCAUAUCAAAGCUGCCAUUCCCCAUCCACUUAUUAUGGGUGUGAUACGAGAAUGUGGGGGCAAGAUGCAUCUUCGAGAGCAAGAAUAUGAAAAAGCGCAUACAGAUUUCUUUGAAGCAUUUAAAAGCUAUGACGAAUCUGGUUCACCACGUCGUACAACAUGUUUGAAAUAUCUCGUCCUAGCGAACAUGUUAAUGCGUUCAACAAUCAACCCAUUCGAUUCUCAAGAAGCUAAACCGUAUAAAACCGAUCCGGAAAUUCAAGCAAUGACCAAUCUUGUUGGUGCUUAUCAAAACAAUGACAUCAAAGAAUUCGAAUCUAUUCUUCGAAUUAAUCGCCAAGCGAUCAUGGACGAUCAAUUCAUUCGCGAACAUAUCGAAAUCCUUUUACGCACGAUACGUACUAAAGUACUCGUUAAACUAAUCAAACCUUAUACAAAAAUUCGCAUCGAUUUCAUUGCUCAAGAAUUAAAUAUUCAACCGGAAGAUGUCGAAAGUCUUUUAAUAUCAUGCAUACUCGAUCAAACAAUCACAGGCAAGAUCGAUCAAGUCAAUAAAGUUCUUCAACUAGAUCAGCAACAGAAUAUCCAAGGCUUACAUCGGUAUGCGGCUAUAUCAAAAGUUUCUACCCAAUUACAAAGUGUUCAACACGCGAUUAUACAAAGAUUCAAUUGA